ACGGCACGGCACGGCACGGCACGGCACGGCACGGCACCCCCGGGCCCCGGCGUGGGGCUGCUGUGCCGCGGGACACCCCCAGCCGCGGGAUUGGGAGGCAUGGCUGCUAAGAAACUAAGAAGGGCACAGUUGUCUCAGGAAAUGUGUGAAAGGCUGAGUCGCUAUCAGAUCACUACCUGCCAGGACUUCUUAUGUCUUUCCUUCUUGGAGCUAAUGAAAGUGACGGGACAGAGCUACUACGAGGUGCAGAAGCUUCUUUGUAAAGUCAGCCGAGCUUGUGCUCCCAAAAUGCAGACGGCUUAUGAAUUGAAACUAAGGAAGUCUGUCAAUCCUUCUUCAGCCUUCUUAUCCACCACGCUUCACAGUUUGGAUAGAGUCCUGCAUGGUGGAGUACCUUGUGGAUCCCUCACAGAGAUAACUAGCCCACCAGGUUGUGGCAAAACUCAAUUUUGUAUUAUGUUGAGCAUUCUGGCUACGCUGCCUGUAAGCAUGGGAGGACUAGAUGGGGCUGUUAUAUACAUCGACACGGAGUCUGCAUUCAGUGCUGAAAGGCUGAUUGAGAUGGCAGCCAACAGAUUCCCUGCUUAUUUUGACUCAGAUGAAAAGCUGCUCUGCAUGACCCGUAGCAUCCACCUGUACCGAGAGCUGACCUGUUCCUGUGUACUGAAGAGGAUUAUGUCUUUGGAAGAAGAAAUUAUUUCGAAGAAAGUUAAACUUAUAAUAAUUGACUCUGUUGCUUCAGUUGUCAGAAAGGAGUUUGAUACAAAACUCCAGGGCAAUCUGGCAGAGAGAAGCAACUUUUUGACUAGAGGAGCAUCAGUUUUGAAGUAUUUGGCAGAGGAGUUCUCAAUACCAGUUAUCUUGACGAAUCAGAUUACCACAUCGCUGAGCUGUGGCCCUGCGAUCAGGGCAGACCUGGUGUCUCCAGCUGAUGAUUUGUCCCUGUCUGAAGUUCUGGUGCCAAAUGGAGUGAAAACACUGAAGGAAUUAUCAGGAUCUUCUGUGAGUGGGAAGAGGGAUUCUGGUUGUGUGACAGCAGCCCUGGGCAACACGUGGAGUCACAGCGUCAACACCAGGCUCAUACUACAAUACCAUGACUUGCCAACAAGACAGGCUGCACAAGUCCAGCUCCCUCAGACAUUCCUCAUCAGACCUGUGCUCCACACCCUUCACCAUCCUUGUUGCCCUACUCUGGACAUGCUCCAGCACCUCAGUGACCUUCUUGUAUGGAGGAGUCCAGAACAGAACACAGGAUUUGCGGUGUGGCCUCACCAGUGCCGAGUACCGGGGGACAAUCACUGCCCUGUCCUGCUGGCCAUGCUCUUGCUGAUCCAGGCCAGGAUGCCAUUGGCCUUCUUGGCCACCUGGACUGCUGGAUCAUGUUCAGCUAGUAGUCAACCAGCAUCCCCAGCCACUCUUCCCCAGCCUGUAGCGUUACCUGGGGUUGUUGUGAUGCAAGUGCAGAACUCAGCACUUCACGUUACUGAAUGCCCUAUAACUGGCUCAUUGAUCCAGCCUGUCCAGGUUCCUCUGCAAAGCAUUCCUACCCUCCCGGAGAUCAACACUCCUGCCCAACCUGCUGUUGCCUGCAAAUGCCUGGUGGUGCACUUGAUACUCUUGUCCAGACAAUCGAUGAAGACAUGAAAUAAGUCUGGCCCUAAUACUGAACCCUGGGGAGCACCGCUGGUGGCUGGUCACCGACUGGACACAUAGCACCAUGCACCACCACUCUCUGGGCCCGGCCACCCAAGAGAGUGUUUCACCGAGCAACCAGUAUACCCAUCUGCACCAUGAGAAGCCAAUUUCUCCAUGAGAAUGCUGUGGGAAACAGUGUCAAAACCUCUCCUAAAGUCUAGAAAGGUGACAUCCACAGACUUUCCUUCAUCUACUGAGCAGGUCACUCGUCACAGAAAGAGAUCAGUUGGUCAAGCAGGGCCUGCCUUUCACAAACCCACGCUGUGUGGGCCUGGUCCCCUGCUUGUCCUGUGCGUGUCCUGUGAUGGCACUCAGGAUGGUCUGCUCCAUGAGCUUCCCCAGCACCAGGGUCAGGAUGACAGGCCUGUAGCUCCCCAGAUGCUCCUCUGGCCCUUGUAGGUGGUGCCACAUUGGCCAGGUUCCCGUCACCUGGGACCUCCCCGGUGACCAGGGCUGCAGGUGACUGAUGGGCAGCGGCUCAGUGAGCUCUUCUGACAGCUGCCUCAGUGCCCUCGGGCAGAUCCCACCUGGCCCUGCAGACCUGUGUGUGUGUAGGGGGCAAAGCAGGUCCCUGGGUAUUUCCCCUUGGGUUAUGGGGGCUUCAUUCUGCUCACCCAUCCAUGUCUUCCAGAUCAGCGGUCUGAGUAUCUGGGGAACAAUGGGCUUUAGGACUGAGAUAUGGGCUGAAGCUUUCAAGCUGUGCUAAGUGAGUUGUUGGGCAGGGAUUUUCCUGGUAAAAUGGUAAAGUGUGCAGGUAAAGUGUUUCAAAUGAUAAGUAUAUGGUGACUCAUUCUCAGUUAAACAAAACAGAACAAAACCCCCUUAUCUCAUCCAGACUAAUGCCAGACAUAACUUUUAUUGUGUCCUUGGUUACAGACCAACUGUUUCAUCUUGCUCUGCUUACUAUCAUAUGAAUAAGCCUUGAAUAAGCAUUCCAAAAUUACAGUGGUGAAGUAACCCUGGUACUUGCUGGGGGAAGUGCUGGAAGAGAGCCAAGGGGAGUGAGGAUGAUGUUUUACAUUUAUGAGAUUUGCAAUUAUUUACCUUGCAUUUUUUAUCGUAUUAGAAAAACAGUUAUUUUGAAAUGUGCAGAUACUUGGCUGUAACUUCACCAGGGGAUGCCUAUUGGGAGUGUUGUAAAGUGUAUACCUGUUCUGAGCCAUCUUCUUAUAUAAUAUGCUUAUCAUAUGGAAAGGCAAUUCUGUAAAAAUGCUAAGAGGUAUUUUUAUAAUCUUUUUAGAAUAAAGUGAUGGUGUGGAAUCAUGCAAAGAAAAAAUAAUA